UUGGAUAGCCUGAUGCGCGUUGCAGAGAAAUUCAGCGAGGACAAAAACGACGCUCGCUCCAAUUUACGGGGCGUGACAGUUGAACAACAACAAUCAAGCUUCCGGUUUUUCCCAUUCUUACUAGAGAAUUCACUAGCAUGUUCUUGUGAGCGUAAAAUCGCACAAUCAGCAAGUUUAUGUAUAAUAGAUUUACGUGUACAGUAGGUACAUUUUAUUAUUUUGUUUGUCGUGGAAUAAGAGCACCGAAAGAGCUAUUACUGACAUUGAUACACCGCUUUAUUUGGCCAUUACACUGCGGACAACUUCCAAUACGGGUUAUUAUGAGCGAAGGAGAGGUUUUCCAUGAGAAGCAGCGACUGGAGUUGUGCGCCAUUCAUGCUCUAAACAACGUUCUGCAAGAACAAGUGUUCACCAAGGAGACGGCAGAUGACAUCUGCAAGCGGCUAGCUCCACAAUGUGUGGUGAACCCUCACCGCUCAAUGCUGGGCACAGGCAACUAUGAUGUCAACGUCAUCAUGGCUGCCCUACAGAGCAGAGAGUUGGCUGCAGUAUGGUGGGACAAACGCAGAACAGUACAGAGUCUCUGUGUUGACAAGGUCCAGGGGUUCAUCCUGAACGUUCCGUCACGUGUCUCUCUUGGAAUUGUGUCCCUCCCCGUCAAGCGGCGGCACUGGCUUGCAGUGCGCCAGGUUAAUGGACACUACUACAACCUCGACUCCAAACUAAAGAGUCCUGUCUGCAUCGGGAACGAAGCAGAUCUCCGUAUAUUUCUCAGUGAACAGCUGUCUCCGGACGUGGCAGAGAUGCUCCUGGUUGUGAGGGACGUGGAGGAGUACGGAACCUGGCUGAACUCUGAUGACCUCAGGAAGUGAUUCCUCUGGCCUGGGCAUUCCAUUCAUUCAGCAUGGGACUCAAACUCCUGCUCUACUCUGGAAAACAAAUAACAUUUUAGAAAACAAGAGACGCUUAACAGAAAGUACAUAUUUCAGGAAACGCAUUACCAGUUGCUGAGGAGUGUGGGGACUCUUACACACACACACACAAAGUUCCAGAGAGAAUUUAAGAUGACGGGAUUUCUGUCCCAAAUGGCUUGUUUGAAACAGUUUACUGGCUGUUGUUUGGAUUUCUACACUACAGCUGCAUCUAUAUCCUCGUUCUCUCUCUUCCUUCCUUCUCUUCUCUCUCUAUGCACUGCAUUGUUGAGGUAGACCAGUUAGAACUGGUUUGUCUUUUAAGUUAUUCUAUGCACUGAGGUACAGAGGAGGCACUGGAUGUCAUGUUGACAACUGACUGUGUGAAAAUAAUGCUUCUAUGUUUGUGUUCUGUCUGCGUCUACAUCUAACUAUGCAUAUCCAAGUGAAUGGGAGCACUGUCUUUCUGUUACACGCACUCAAACGAUAUAAAGAAAAUGUUAUUUAUAUGUAA